AUGAUUACAAGAGUGCGCCACCAGCCCUGGCUUAAGACAGGAGUUCCCCAUUUGAAGACAGAACCUUUUCCGAAUUGGCGCAACAUUACUUUUAAAUAUGUACUCGGAAACACUCAGCACAAAACCCCAAGGUUUACGGGACUCCCAGGUCCGAUCAUAUCUGGGUCUCCAGGUGGGCACAUCUGGAAGCGCGCGAACCUGCAAGAUCUCCAGCUCAGCUCGGCAUCUGCAAGCCCAGCCCAGGUGUGCGCCAGAGGUCGCAGCCCAGCCGUACAGCCCCGCGCGGCCGCGAGGUGGCGCCAUGGCCGCAGCAGCGUCUGCCGGUUCGGGCCGCUCCAGAUAAGAGUGUGCGAAAAGCGCGGAGGGGCUGAGACGCGAUCAGGACGCGGGGAGGACGGACCGGCCAGACAGACCGACCGGGGGCCCGGCGGGCGGAGGGCAGCGCACUGCAGCCACGUCCCCCCCUGGAUCCGCCGGCAGCCGGGCCCGGGGCUUCCGACAUGCCCCCCAGGAGAGUGUGCUGGGCAGACGAUGCUGGACACGAUGGAGGCGCCUGGCCAUUCGAGGCAGCUACUGCUGCAGCUCAACAACCAGCGCACCAAGGGCUUCUUGUGCGACGUGAUCAUCGUGGUGCAGAACGCCCUCUUCCGCGCUCACAAGAACGUGCUGGCAGCCAGCAGCGCCUACCUCAAGUCCCUGGUGGUGCAUGACAACCUGCUAAACCUGGACCAUGACAUGGUGAGCCCGGCCGUGUUCCGCCUGGUGCUGGACUUCAUCUACACCGGCCGCCUUACUGACAGUGUGGAGGCCGCAGCGGCGGCGGCGGUGGCCCCGGGCGCCGAGCCGAGCCUGGGCGCUGUGCUGGCUGCUGCCAGUUACCUGCAGAUCCCUGACCUCGUGGCUCUGUGCAAGAAGCGCCUCAAACGGCACGGCAAGUACUGCCACCUGCGGGGAGGAGGCAGCGGCGGCGGCGGCUACGCGCCUUACGGGCGGCCCGGCCGGGGCUUGAGGGCUGCCACGCCCGUCAUCCAGGCUUGCUACUCGUCCCCGGCCGGGCCGCCGCCGCCGCCUGCCGCCGAGCCGCCGUCGGGCCCCGAGGCAGCGGUCAACACCCACUGCGCCGAGCUAUAUGCUUCGGGCCCGGGCCCAGCAGCCUCACUCUGCGCCCCGGAGCGUCGCUGCUCCCCGCUUUGCGGCCUGGAUCUGUCCAAGAAGAGCCCGCCAGGUUCCUCGGUCCCCGAGCGACCGCUUAGUGAGCGCGAACUGCCUCCACGCCCGGACAGCCCUCCGGGUGCGGGGCCUGCAGUCUACAAGGAGCCACCGCUCACCCUGCCGCCGCUGCCGCCUUUGCCCUUCCAAAAGCUGGAGGAGGCCGUACCGACUCCAGACCCGUUUCGAGGAAGCGGUGGCAGUCCGGGACCCGAGCCCCCCGGCCGCCCCGACGGCUCCAGCCUCCUCUACCGCUGGAUGAAGCACGAGCCAGGCCUGGGUAGUUAUGGCGACGAACUGGUCCGGGAUCGAGGCUCCCCGGGCGAGCGCCUCGAGGAGCGCGGUGGGGAUCCUGCCGCCUCACCCGGGGGUCCCCCGCUGGGCCUGGUACCCCCGCCACGCUAUCCCGGGAGCCUGGACGGACCAGGCACAGGAGCCGACGGCGACGACUACAAGAGCAGCAGCGAGGAGACUGGUAGCAGCGAGGACCCCAGCCCACCCGGAGGCCACCUGGAGGGCUACCCAUGCCCGCACUUGGCUUAUGGUGAGCCUGAGAGCUUUGGUGACAACCUGUACGUGUGCAUUCCAUGUGGCAAAGGCUUCCCCAGCUCGGAACAGCUGAAUGCACACGUGGAGGCUCACGUGGAAGAAGAGGAGGCGUUGUAUGGCAGGGCAGAAGCUGCUGAGGUGGCUGCUGGGGCCGCCGGCCUCGGGCCCCCCUUUGGUGGCGGUGGGGACAAGGUCGCUGGGCCGCCGGGUGGCCUAGGAGAGCUUCUGCGGCCGUACCGCUGCGCGUCCUGUGACAAGAGCUACAAGGACCCGGCCACGCUGAGGCAGCACGAGAAGACACACUGGCUGACGAGGCCCUAUCCGUGUACCAUCUGCGGGAAGAAGUUCACGCAACGCGGAACCAUGACACGCCAUAUGCGCAGCCACUUGGGCCUAAAGCCCUUUGCGUGCGACGCGUGCGGCAUGCGCUUCACCCGCCAGUACCGCCUCACGGAGCACAUGCGCAUCCACUCGGGAGAGAAGCCCUACGAGUGCCAGGUGUGCGGUGGCAAGUUUGCUCAACAGCGCAACCUCAUCAGUCAUAUGAAGAUGCACGCUGUAGGUGGCGCGGCCGGCGCGGCCGGGGCGCUGGCUGGCCUGGGAGGACUACCUGGCGUCCCUGGCCCGGACGGCAAGGGCAAGCUCGACUUCCCUGAGGGUGUCUUUGCUGUGGCCCGCCUCACAGCUGAACAGCUAAGCCUGAAGCAGCAGGACAAGGCAGCAGCUGCCGAGCUGCUGGCACAGACCACGCACUUCCUGCACGACCCCAAGGUGGCGCUCGAGAGCCUCUACCCGCUGGCCAAAUUCACUGCAGAGCUAGGACUCAGCCCGGAUAAGGCGGCAGAGGUGCUGAGCCAGGGCGCGCACCUGGCCGCAGGACCGGACAGCCGGACCAUCGACCGUUUCUCUCCCGCCUAGAGCGCUCCUCCUAGGUGCGCCCGGCGCUGCCUGACAGCCCGGGAACAACUGGUAGCCGCGGUAGCGCCGCAGUGGUGGCCCCACCUUUCUACGCCUCACCUGGCCUCACUGUUUUGUGCCUUAGCCCGGGAAG